AUGUCCAGACCCUCGGGGAUCAAGUCCCAGCCUGUCUCCUCGGGUGGUUUCUUGUCCCUGGUCAGUUCGGACUUCCCGUGUCACGUUAGGGAACGAGAGCCGGAAGACCCGCUGUGGCCGAGGAAGACGCGAGCCGGAUGGGACGACAUUAACAACGACGAGCCCCUCGUCCGACUGUCCGACUGUCCGACUGUCCGUAACCUCCAACCUCUCACCCGAGAAGCUCACGUUGCGCACUUUUUGCGCAUUUCCGCCUGCUCGCCUCCGUCCGACAUGACGACUGUCCAUGGAGUCUACCUCGUGCUCGUGCCCAACUCAUCGCUCGGCGUCUACAACGUACUCCGUACUACGCACCACAUCGCAGAUUGGAGCCACUACGGCAAGAUUCUUCAGCCAUCACAACCAACCGAAGAGCCUGUUCCCGUUGUCUGUGUACCCCAAUCCCAAGCCACCCUCCCCCUGUCUGUUGCUGUCUUCUUGCCUCCACGCCCAAGCCAAGUGCCGCAUAGGCUAAUCCUCUUUGUAUCACCUGUCAACCUACUGAAUUGUGCAGAUAUCAUUCUGAAGCCGCUCUUGCAGCCCUCCCUCCCUUGUGACGUUGCCAUCGCGCACAGCGGUUUUCGCCAAUUCUCGGUAGACACGCACAGCACUAUUGCCGUGCCCAAUCAUACCUCAGCUACGGCAGACCAUCAAGGUCUCCCGAUAGGGCUGUGUUUCAUCCGGGGUCUACCUCAGCCCAGCGUCCGCAGCGGGACCUGGGAGCGUUGGCUCGAUCACCUCGCCCCAUGA